AUGAGUAGUGCUUCCUCGUCUACUGCGGGAAGUAACGCAGCCGGACCACCGGCCGCCGCCAAUGGACAACCGGGUGCUGCGGCGGCGGCAGCGGACGGAAGUGCCGGAAGCGAUGGAAGUGGCAAUGUCGAGCAACCUGGCUCGUCGGCGACACAGCAACGUAGCGCCAACACCACCGGAAACGGACCAGGAACGGUACGCCGGAAGGCGAACGUGUGUCUCAUCUGCGGUAUCUACACCAAUCUGUCGCUCAACAUCUUCGAGCCACGGAACGGGCCCAACAUUAUCGAUGUCAUCUACGAGAAGUACAAAUUUCGGGCCGAACGAGGUGAUAACGCGGACAAACACAUCUGCUUCAGCUGCAACAACUGGCUGAUCAAUUGGUACUCACUGCAGAAUGCAUCCGGCUCCCGGACGUACGAGCCGGCCCCAUCGACCAGCCGCUCAUCGGACAGCAGCAACAAUCGGCACAGUCACAAGCGAACAAGACAUUCCCGCGGCGGUGGCGGAGGAGUUGACAAAGAAAACCAGCGGCAACAACCCGAUCGCGGCCUGCGGUCGAUGGAACAACAGCACGAUCAAGUCUCAUCGACGACCGUGCCCACCGACGGGGAUAAGGAACCGGAUGUGCUUAUCGUGACAAAAGUACAGCCAUCCAAUACCAAAAGGAUGCGCCAUGUUGGGUCCUACAAGCGUUUGGUAGCACUGAAAGAAAGCAACAGCCAAGUGCUUCCACUGGCGGGUGUAGGCAUGCGACGGGCGGUUCAGCAACCGGAUGAAGAUGUGCCGGAAGUGACAAGCACGACCAGCCCCACAGCCGACCCGUGUACGGUGAUACGCAGGGUGUUCGAGGGGCAGCUAAUCCGGAUGCUGCAAGGGCAGGGUACGAGCGUUACUCGAGAAGUUGUUCCACUUCCUAAAGGAAGUCAACGUCAAUCACAAACCCCACCUGCCCCCGUACCGUGCGUUGCCGGCAGACCCACGAUCCCGACCGGUGUGGAUGUGAACGGGAAUGCCAGGGAUGAACCGGAUGCCACAAACAUUGACAUCGUUUUAAGCUUCAAUUCUACCAUCUCCGAGGUGAUGAACGUGGUGCCAUCGUUGAAAGCGCUUCAACCGGACUCUCCCGUCGAUAGUGACGAGGAUAACGAUGUUGCGGUUCGAUCUUUGCUGAGCGACCAACGUAAGAAAUACGAGGGACUCACGGUGUCGGUCGUACGCGAGAAAAGUGGUUCCACCGGCCAGUAGCAGUGUUGACCAUCGACCAUCGUACGCUCGAUGCUGCCGGUUUCAGGCCAAUUUUGUCAUCCGAAAAUCCCCAAGCAUCGGGAGAACGCUUUUGAACGUGUCAAUGAGUCGUGAGGAGU